AUGUCGCUUUUCAGAGGAGUCGCGCGUUCAGCACUUGGCGGUGCAUUCACCCAACGUUCAGUCUCGUCGGCAUCCGCCACGCGAUUUGCUACCGCCGCCGGCGCGGCUGCAUCGGGAUCGGGAUCCGAAUCGUCGAGUUCGGGACCGUGGUGCGACCGCGCGUCGACACCGCGCCUGAACCGGUACCUUGUUGUCGCUGAAGAUUUUUGCGAUGCGGGAGCCAACGCGCGUCGCUUCGAGGUGCGUGAACGACACCUCGAACACGCGCAGAGCGGCAAGCGCGCCGGGCGCAUCGAGUUGGGUGGUGCUCUGCUCCGCAAAGACUUUUGCGAGAUCGACCAAGAAGUAGGUGCUGGUCCGCACAUGGGCGGUAGCGUGCUCGUCGUCCUCGGCGAGAGCAUCCAAGAUGUCAGAGAUAGGGUCAUGAAGGACGAAUACGUUCAGGGUCACGUGUGGGAUGUAGAGAAGAUCAAGAUCUACCCGUUUCUCCAGGCUCCGCUGCAGACUGAUGCGGGAGCAGACGUCGCGACCGAGCCCUCGAAGGAAACACGCGCCAACGCCAACGCAACAUUGGGUCAGCUGCGUCAGGAUCUGGCUGCAGGCAAAGGCCCCAAGAUGAUCACGUUGGGCGCACUCAGGCGCAUGCACCAGAGCACCAAGCCGUCGCACUGA